UAUGGCUACAAUUGAUUAGGGUAGUUGACUGCUCUUUCGGUACUGAUAGUGCUGUUUGAUAUUCUUGGAACUCGUAGAACACAAUAGCAUCAAACGAAUAAACAUUCAUUUGUUUUCUUACUUUAUCUCUUCAUUGAUAAGUUGUGCACUUUGUACAUGCAACCGAACGGCCGUGCUUUGGUUUGAGUCUCAAAUCUGCAUGACCAAUCACCUAAAUAUCGUCAACGCGUUCUACGAGUCGACAGUUUCAAUCGUCCAUUGAUCGUGUUCACUUGUUUCGAAAGCAUGGCAUCGAAGCAGCUUCCCUACCCGGUUGAUAAGAGUUCUAAGUUGCACGAUGAGUACAAGUUCACUCUACCGGAGGUGUAUCGUGAGGUGGCCAAGGAGGAACUCCGUGAGGAUGAUGCCGUACGUGAAAAAGCUUUGUCGGAAAUGCGCCAUUGGAUUGCGGAAAACCCGUACAUCUUCAAGUGCCGUACGGAUGCGAAGUUCUUGUUGCGAUUUCUACGCUACCGUCAGUUCUCAGUUCCCAUGGCAUGUGAGGCACUGGAGCGUUAUCUAACCGUCCGGGAGCUGUAUCCGAGCUGGUUUAAGAACCUGGACUGUACUGAUUCUAUCAUGAAGGAAAUAUUGGACUACGAACCAUUCACCUACCUCGGCCAGGAUGGAUCAGGCCGUUCCGCAUUUCUAAUACGAUAUGGACGGUUCAAUGGUGAAAAGCACAGCCCACUGCAAGACGCUCGUUAUAUGGCACUGGUACUGGAAACGGUGCUCGAGUGGGAAGAGUUCCAGAUUGGUGGGUGUCAAGCUUUUAUUGACUAUCGCGAUACCACCGUUAAUAACUUUGAAAAAUGGAGCUUAAGCGAGCUGAAAACCAUUAUGGAUGUGUACAGUCGAUCGUACCCUUUGCGCUACGGGGAUAUUCAUGCAGCAAAGAUGCCAAAGUUUGCUCUCCCUGUUGUAGAAACGCUUCUUUCAUUCGCAAAUCCGAAGUUUCGCGAAAAAAUCAGAUGCUACUCGUCGAUAUCGGAUUUGGAGAAACAUAUGGAAGAUUCAUGGAAACCGACAACGUACGGUGGAACGGUUGAUUUUGAUGAACUUAAUCGAAAAUUCCGUAAACGUAUCGAAGAUCAACGUCAGAUUGUUCUGGGACUGGAUGACAUGGAGAUCGAUGUAGAGCACUACGCGUCCCUGUGGGAUUCGGAGCAUGUUUUGGCUGAGGAAGCAGUGGCUGGGGCAAUGCUGGAGCAAUUGAACAUACAAUGAAACAUUUUUAGAAGGAUCAAGUGAAAUGAUGAUUGACUGUGCGCAUCAAAUAGUGCUUAGUACUCUCCGGCCAAUUAAGGUGCCUAUCUAUCUUAUUUUUAUGAAACAAUAAAAUUUUUGGACUUUUUA